AUGUUUUCCGGCUUCCUAUCUGCUCAGCCGAUUCGCGCAGCCUUCAACGUGUGCGUGGUCAAGAGUGGGCUUAGCAGGGCCAUCCCGGAUGCCAUUACGACCAGUAGAAAGACCCACGUCGAUAGAUUUCACGCAGUCGUUAGCUCCUCUGCGAGGCAAGAUAUAUCUUUAGGCAACAAUGAAGCAGAAAAGACAGACCGUGAAGGCCAAUUCUUUUCUUCUAUUGUUGCGAAUGACGCGAAUUCAUGGGGGGCCGAAGCACCGAUCAACUUUGGACACGGACGCUCCCUGCAGCAGUUGGCUGCACCCGUCCCCGACUCAGCUCCUUCAUUUGAGACGAAUAUGCCGUCAUCACUUCAGUUGAGCGUUUCCUACUUCGAGACGAUGCCUUACAGCCUCCUGCCUUUUUUUGCUGGUCUUGGGAUAUUGGUGCUCUUGGUGCCGUUGUUCUUGUUGCUGUUUUGCCUUCGCAACUGCAGCUGCUCAAAGAGACUAUGCAGUUGUUUCUGCUGCCUUCGUAUCUUCUUCAAGUCGACGAAACGAUAUGCGGUUGUUGCGGAGAGAUGGCAGUCCAACGGCAGCAGCACAGCCGCUUCAGAUUCCCACUAUCGGGGCAGUGUUCGAAAGUUGGUGCCGCGGAGUUCUUGCGUAGGCAUGCGGUACCUCGUCUUGAUUCUGGCAUUCUGUACAGUAGCUGCUGCGCUGGCAGUGGGGAUGUACCUAGUGGUCGAUAUGCGCGCGCAGCUGUCGCAGCUGGCCUGUUCAGCAGGCCAGGCGGCCUCUACUAUCAUAAACGGUCAAACGUUUGCGAAUCCCUCCGCCUCCUCUCCCCCUGAUUUGGGUGUUUUGUCUUCUCCGUCGCCUUUCGUUUCCCCCACUCUCUUCAACUCCGCAUCGCCAUCUGCACCCGCAGUAGCCAACCGCCCGUCACCCUUCUCUCCUUUGUUGCAGCCCGCGGCAGUAGCUGAUCGCACAGCGGACCGAUUUCCUUAUUUGGGAGAAGCAAUUGGCGCGGGCCAGGCUUUCCCCAGGUUGCUGCAGGAAGACGAUGCGGAUUUAAGCGAAGAAGCAACGGCCCCCAAGAGGACCGGCUUCAUCGGAGCUGUCCCGGCCUUGGCUUACUUCGAAAACCUCUUCAUGGCGUUGGACCCCAACGGCGAGGCUUCGCUUUCAAAACAACUCCGUAUGGCGACAAAAGUGGCUGCACGGAUCAACGAGACUGUCGCUGAGAUGAAGAUAAAUCUCCAGGCACUGAAGAAGACGCUGCGUCGACGGGGCAACAGCGGCAUGGCAGCGUCUGGAGGAUCUGCGGAGAACGAGGAGCUGACGUUUCAUAUCGCCCCAGUGUCUGUUGCAGCUCCUUCUCUGCUGAGUUCGUUCGAUACGGCUGUUCAUCUGCUGCCCUCCACCUUUUUCGCUAUCGCCGAAGCAUCUGAACAGCUCGCUGCAGAAAUCGAAACGUCUGUGCGGCAGGCAGACGGCCUGGCGGCUGUGCGGGACCUGCAAACGGCUAAGGAGGCCCUCAGCCAGACUCUCAGAUCCGCCCACCCAGCCGUAGAUAAAAUACCCAAACUCAGCACUCCUCUCUUCUGGGUUUCCAUAGUGACAUUCAGUCUGAUGGGCGUGUUGGUGCUGCUGGCAUCCUUGUACUUGUGCUGCUUGUGCUGCUGCAAUCGCGAGGCGCUGGUAGACCGCAAGGCCACCAGCUGCAGCUGUUCGUUCUUGCUGCUGCUCGUCGCUGCAGCAGCUCUCCUGGCGAGCGGUGGGUUGCUGGUUGGGUCUACGAUGCUGACGGACGGGUGCCUGUACACUGAAGCCUUCCUCAAGGACGAGAAGGACGUGCAGCAGCUGCUGCAGUACUUCUGGGGUAUGGGCUCAGGGGGCGCUCCUCUAAAGGGUCCAAUGCAGGCCCCCAGCAGCGCUGCAGCCAAAGUGCUUGCAGCCUGUCUGCUGCCGAACAAGGAGAGGGACUUGGUGCGGGUGUUCAACAUAGAUGAGCUGGUGAAGGCGGGGGCUAAGAUGAGAGAGGCGGGGAGAGCUGCAGUGGAAAAGGAGGCCUUGGCGGCUCGUCUGGUGUCUCUACAGCUGCAAGACGCAGCAGCAGAGCUGCAGGUGCUGCGGGAUACAUACUGGCUGCUGCUGAUAGACCCAGUGACGUUGGAACAGGAGGUCAGACCCCAACCUAGAAUCACAGCAGCAGCAACAACAGCACCAACAGCAGCAGCAGCAGCAGCAGCAGCAGCAGCAAUACCAACAGGUCUGGAUGAGAGACUGGACACAUACAAAGAAGUUCUCUGCAGCGGCGUGCAAGACAAACAGCGCGAGUUGCGAGCCAGCUAUCUGGGCCUGUUCCCUGCAGCAGCAGCAAAAGCAGCAGCAGCAGCAGCAGCAGCAGCAGCAGAGGCAAAAGCACCAACCCCACAGGGGGAGAAAGAACAGCUCCUGCUGAACAGACAAAAUAUGUUCUCGCUGCUGCAGCAGCAUGAGCUGCAGCCCUCUGAUGAGUUAGCUGCGCUGCUGCAGCAGCUGAGCGCCGACCCGCUAGCAGCAGACCGUCUCUCUGCUUCUUUUCAGGAGGCAAUCCGCGAGAUGGAAGACAGCAGCAGCAGCAGCAGCAGCAGCAACAGCAGCAGCAGCAGCAGCAGCAACAGGAGGGAGAGAGUGAUGAAACCUAUGAUAGAAGGAGUUGUGGGGGAGCUGAUGCGGCUCGCUGCAGACAAAACCGAAGCAGAGAAAACUCAGCUGCUGCAUGCGGUGGUGCGGCUUGCAGGCCAGGCGCAUGCAGAGGUGCAAGCUGCAAGAGAAGCAAACAGCAGCAGCAGCAGCAGCAGCAGCAGCAGCAGGGCAGCAGCGGUGAAGCAACGGAGGCAGCAGAAGCAGCAGCGCUCGAUGCUGCUACAACUGCUGCAGGAGAAAUGCAUGCAUGCAGGCCAAACGAAAGCAGACAGACUCGUGGUCUGUGACACCGAAAGACCAAGCAACACACGGAGAACGGAGAUAGAGACAGAGACAGAGACAGAGACAGAUAUAGAGAUAGAGAAAGAGACAGAUGUACAAAUAGAGAAAGAGAUACGUAUAAAGAUAGACAAAGAGACAACGAUUGAUACAAAUAUAACGAUAGAGACAGAGACAGAGAAGGAGACAGAGAAGGAGACAGAGGAGACAGAGAAGGAGACAGAGAAGGAGACAGAGACAAACAGAGCAGCAGGCAGACACAGAACCCGAGCCACAGAGACAGACAGCUGGAGACAGACAAAGACAAAGAAAGACAGAUAA